UUGUGCUUGCUGUGCUUGGAUUUGGAUAAUGGCCAUUAUUUACUGAGUUUUUGGUUAUAGUUGGUAUAAACUGAGAAUAUUCGUAUCAGUUGUAAAAUAAAAAUUGCUUAACGAAUUAUUAUGGAAACUAUUUUAGAACAGCAAAGAAGUUAUCAUGAAGAAAGAGAGCGUACCAUGGAUGCCAUGGUUAAAGAAAUUCUACAUAAAAAGACAGGGCAUCGAGAAACUAUUAAUGGAGAACAUCGAUUGAAGAAUUUACAUGAUAGAUAUGUGGAAUCAACAAUUAGACUUAAAGAGCUCUAUGAAGAUAAGGAUGGUUUACGUAAGGAAGAAAUCUCUGCACUUUCAGGCCCUAAUGAGUUCCAAGAGUUUUAUGCACGAUUAAAGCAGAUAAAAGAGUUCCAUAGGAAACAUCCUAAUGAAAUCUGUGUCCCAAUGUCUGUGGAAUUUGAAGAAUUGGCACAAUUAAGAGAAAAUCCUUCAGAAGAUUAUACAACUCCAGUUGAGUUUACUGAUGAAGAGGGAUAUGGAAAGUAUUUAGAUUUACAUGAAUGUUAUGAAAAAUACAUUAACUUGAAAGGUAUUGAGAAAGUUGACUAUAUCACUUACUUGAGCAUUUUUGAUCAUUUGUUUGAUAUUCCACGUGAAAGGAAGAACAGUGAUUAUAGGAACUAUAUUCGUAUUUUGCUAACAUACUUGAAGGAUUUUGUCAAUAGAGUGAAACCAUUGUUAGAUCAAGCCCAAGAAAUGGCAGCAGCGCAUCAGGAUUUUAUAAAGCAAUGGGAAACUGGAACUUUUCCAGGAUGGCCUAAAGAAACUGGAGGUGCUUUAACAAAUGUUGGGGCACAUUUAGAUUUGUCAGCGUUCUCGUCUUGGGAGGAGCUGGCUUCUCUGGGCUUGGAUAGAUUAAAGUCGGCUCUUAUGGCAUUAGGACUCAAAUGUGGUGGGACUUUAGAAGAAAGAGCUCAAAGAUUAUUCAGUACAAAAGGCCAGACAGCUUUGGAUAAAUCUCUCGUUGCCAAGAAAGGAGCAACAAAAGCGAAGGCUUCUACACAACAACGCCACAAGGAUAUUGCUGCUAUUGAAGCUCAAAUAUAUAGAUUUGCGAAUCUGGUAAGCGCAACCCGUACAGCUACCAUAGAGAAUGUGACGCGUCGUGCGGCGCGCGCGGCCGGCGAACGCAGGGAUGAGAGCGACGAUGAGAGCGAUGCCUCCGCUGGCGCAGAUGUCGAUUCUGACGACGACGAGGUGCCAUACAACCCUAAGAACUUACCCCUCGGAUGGGACGGGAAGCCUAUACCAUAUUGGCUGUACAAACUUCACGGAUUAAAUAUAAGUUACACAUGUGAAAUAUGUGGUAAUUACACAUAUAAGGGACCGAAAGCAUUUCAAAGACAUUUCGCGGAAUGGCGCCACGCUCACGGCAUGCGAUGUCUCGGAAUACCUAACACUGCUCAUUUCGCUAAUGUCACGCAAAUAGAAGAUGCACUCGCGUUAUGGGAGAAAAUUAAAAAUCAAAAAGAGAACGAGAGGUUUGUAGCGGAAAAUGAUGAAGAAUAUGAAGAUUCGCAAGGAAAUGUAGUCAACCGCAAAACCUACGAAGAUUUGAAACGACAGGGCCUUCUGUAAACUAAAAUAAUUACAGUUUGUAAGAUUUUAAUAUUAUUUUAAUAAAGAUUUCA